UCCGGUCGCCUCUGAAACUCCAGAAUAUCUUAAUGUCUCCCACUCCUGACACUGCUAGCAUUAGCCGUCAGGAGCUUCCGGUCUGUGCCACUGCUGUAACUCUGAAGAUAGUUGGUUUGUACUUCAGUUCAGCAGCAUAGGGGGAUAUGAAUUGGUGUUAUAACAGUAAACUUAGCUGGCGGCCUUAACACCGAAAGUGCCAUGAACAGACAUGUGGUGUGUAUAAUUCGGCUUAACUCUGAUUUGUCCGUGAAUGACAGGUACACCUGCAACUGUCCAUGGUGCUGAGACACUUAUCCUUUGGCAUUCGGCGACUCCUGUCGUCAUGUCACACCAUUCAUAAAUUACGCUUUCAUCAACAUGAAAGCAGAAAUAAACAAGCAAAAAUACAAGUGAAGUUUUUAAGUUCUUCUAUGGGAAAGGCCUGCGUGCGGUCAGCGAAAGCAACUCCCAUCCACACAGCUGUGGUGGCGGAGGGAUACCACUGCCUGCAUCAUCCACGCAACGCUGCGCCUACAACUAGAAAGGAAGGAUAGAAAAGAAAACAGACCGCACGGACUUGAAAAAAUGUAUGUAAAAUGGCAAGCAAUGUUAAACUCCAAGCCAAACUCUAAAACUAAACUCAGCAUGUCUAUAAUCGCCCGAUGAUGCCAUCUCGAAGUGGGCUUUGCUAUUACAGUCCCGUUUUCAGCUCGAGUCCAUUGUGUGGAAAGAUGGGAAGCGGGAAGGAGGAUGCGCACUACUUGCCGACGCGCACUAACAUUGUUCUAGAGAGCUCCACGAUCAGGGCCAUCUUUGGUCGUCCUCGCCGGUGACAGUGUGGACUGUAUAUUCCAUUGGUCAUUAAAGCCUAAUGAUUAAUAAAUAAUAUUUCACUUUGAACGAGCCGUUUGAAGCACUUGGGCAGAGAAAGGGAACCAGACCCCCGGUUUUGUGGACCCACUGGCAUUCUUUCCUUCACCAACCUUCAUUUCUUAAGGCAAAAAGAGGGCGAGACGGGAGAGGCGGUGAUACAACAUGGAUGAGGAAUAUGAUGUGAUCGUUUUGGGCACCGGACUCACAGAAUGCAUUCUGUCCGGGAUCAUGUCUGUGAAUGGGAAAAAGGUUCUGCACAUGGACAGGAACCCCUACUAUGGUGGCGAGAGCUCUUCCAUCACCCCUCUGGAGGAGCUUUACAAGCGCUUCAGUCUUCCAGACACUCCACCCGAGUCAAUGGGCAGAGGAAGGGACUGGAAUGUUGACCUUAUCCCCAAGUUUCUCAUGGCCAACGGUCAGCUUGUGAAGAUGCUGCUAUACACAGAAGUGACACGAUACCUGGACUUUAAGGUAGUGGAGGGAAGCUUUGUCUACAAAGGAGGAAAAAUCUACAAGGUGCCAUCGACUGAGACUGAGGCGCUAGCUUCAAAUCUGAUGGGCAUGUUUGAGAAGCGAAGGUUUCGGAAGUUCCUGGUCUUUGUGGCCAACUUCGACGAGAACGACCCCAAGACCUUUGAGGGCGUGGACCCCAAAACAACAACGAUGAGGGAUGUUUACAAGAAGUUUGACCUCGGACAGGAUGUCAUUGACUUCACCGGCCACGCCCUGGCCCUCUACCGGACGGAUGACUAUCUUGAUGUUCCCUGUUUGGAGACGAUCAAUCGUAUUAAGCUGUAUAGUGAAUCUCUGGCCCGGUAUGGCAAGAGUCCCUACCUCUACCCCCUGUAUGGUCUGGGAGAGCUGCCGCAGGGAUUUGCCAGAUUGAGUGCAAUCUAUGGGGGCACCUACAUGCUGAACAAACCAGUGGAUGAGAUAGUGAUGGAAGGAGGCCACGUGGUUGGGGUGAAGUCUGAGGGCGAGGUGGCUCGUUGUAAGCAGCUCAUCUGCGACCCCAGCUACAUCCCGGACCGCGUCCGUAAGGCGGGUCAGGUGAUCCGUGUCAUCUGCAUCCUCAGCCACCCCAUCAAAAACACCAAUGACGCCAACUCCUGCCAGAUCAUCAUUCCUCAGAAUCAGGUUAACCGCAACUCAGACAUAUACGUGUGCAUGAUCUCCUAUGCUCACAAUGUGGCAGCCCAGGGGAAGUACAUUGCCAUCGUCAGCACCACAGUGGAAACCAGUGAGCCGGAGGUUGAGAUAGAGCCGGCCCUGGAGCUUCUGGAGCCCAUCGACCAAAAGUUUGUGGCUAUUAGUGACCUUUAUGAGCCCACAGAUGACGGCACUGAGAGCCAGGUCUUCGCCUCACGAUCCUAUGAUGCCACCACUCACUUCGAGACCACCUGCAACGACAUCAAGGACAUCUACAAACGUAUGACCGGGAGCGACUUUGACUUUGAAAACAUGAAGCGCAAACAGAACGAUGUGUUUGGGGAGGAUGAGCAGUGAGCGGUAGAGAGGCGCCCAUGAGAGGGCGGGGCCUGGAGAGGAGGCGGGGCAAAAAGGGGCAAAAGAGGCGGCAGAGCCUGUGGGAGAGGUCCAGGGCUGCCUGAGCAGUCCUUCAUUAACAAAUGGGUGGGGAGUGUGAGCAUGAUGGAGAGGGUGCACUUCUGGGCUCUGCUCAUCCUCCAUUGUUUGCCUCCUUUUCCUUGCGUCUCUCUCUCUCUCUCUCUCUCUCUCUCUCUCUUUCUCUCUCUCUCUCUCUCUCUCUGUCUCUGUUGGCACAUGUUCAAACACAUAAUGACUCACACAUACACACACACACACACACACACACACUGUUCAAAGACUCACACUCCUCUCUGUCACUGAAAAGCAGGGUUGAUAUGGUCUUUCAUUCCAUUGUAGAAUUUACAGUAUAAUCAUUAACUAUUAUCAUUAGAGGUGAAUUUAUUACUUGUUGUUGCUGGUUUUCAAAGCAUUUCAUUCUUUCUGUAAUGUCUUUCUCCUCAUAUCAGAGGUUGGUUGGCUGGAAGAUUGACGGCACUGAGAUGUCUGAACUGCGAGCUCUGACAUGAGAGAUCUUUUAAUGGCUUAGCGUAGAAUUCUCUGGAAGGUCCACCUCCAGUUGACAUGCAUGCAUCUUUUACACACAGUAGUAUUGUACAUAGACUGAAAUGACACUGCUGUAUGAAGACUGGACCAUCCCACGCAUUGUUCCUGUCAACCCUGCUUUCACUUUUCUCUUACUUGGUCUUUUACUUGUGUUACUUCAAAAGACGCCGCUCCUUUUGGCAAAAUCUGUUGGUCAGGCAAAAAAAUGUGAUGAAAAAUUACAUAUAAAUGGGCUGUUCUGUCAGCUGAUAGUGCUCACUUUGCAAUGCUGUUGUUGUUCCCUGUGCUAGCAGGCAAGCUAACCAGUGGCUAUUAACUGUCAACCACCCCACCCCCCCCCCCCAGAAAACCUGUUCCUUUGUUCUUCUGUUUUGUGAUGUCAAUUAUGAAUUUGAAUAGUUUACUUUCUAACAUUUUAAAUUAUUGCAGAGUUUUACUUCUAUAUAUUUGGUGCACAUUUCACUGGCUGAAGUUAUGAAGUUUACAGAUCUGAGGAUGAAACUGUGGUCGUCAAGUGGAACAUUUAUAAAAAACAAAAGGGAAUGUAAGGAGCAAAAGAGGCUUGGAGAGGACUUCACGUUAGGUGAGGGUUUGUAGUAUUCUGGAAGAUUCGGGAGCAGUGAUGAAAACAAAGUGAUUAUGGAAACUUGUGGAGAUGGGAGAAAGUGUGCCAUGGGGUAAAAGAAUGUAUGUGGGGAGUGUUUUGGAUUUGACGCAUGGAAAGUUUCACUUUUGAGUGAAGAGGGUGAAGACUGAAAUUUCGGCUCAUAGUGAAAGCACCAGAUUGUGUCUUGGUUGUUUCAACCCUUGUGUCUGUCAUUUAGAUGAGUCACUCCCAGAGGGACUAAAUACCAUGACAAAUUGUAGUUGUUAAUAGAGGGAAAAGCUGGCUCCUCCCAUAAGUUUAAUUGACUUUGUAGCGUAGCAAAGGUAAGAAGCCACACUUACAGGCGCUGGCCCCAAAAGAAUGAACCAAGAAGCUUUUAUUUAAUUUUAGCCUUAAUUUGAGGGUCUUACUCAAGUGUUUGGGCCCUUUUAAAAAAAACAUGGACUUUGUUUUAACUAACCUUACGUGGUGGGUCAGUCUGUGCCAAAAAUGGUGUUGCUGUUAUUGGCAAAACUUGCUGACAAUGUUGUGGUGUAUGUUGCUCUGCAGAUCUGACUGAAUACUAUAGGAGGGAUAUUGUUUUCUACCACGUCAGGGCUGUUAUUGUACACAUGAGCAGAUGCUCUUGUCUGCUCACAAACUCACGGUCAGAUUGAUCUGUGGCUCGGGCGUAAUGCACAUCAAAAACAAACAGAUGAGACGCUCUGAUCGUUUGCUUUAAAACACAGAAGCAGCUCUGUUCCACCUUGUCCACAAUGAGAAAUCCCCUCAUAGCUCUAAACAAAGUCAUCGUGUGUUUGGGGUGUUGACGUGUCUUAUUGUUUAUGCUCUAUUUAUUUGAAUUUCACUGAUGUACUGUGGGAAGGUUUAUGUCAAAUGCUGAAUAUGCUAUGCUAUCAGUUUAUGUUCCAAUGACAAAGCGGAUUUUGAAAAGUGAUGCACCGAAGUUCUUCUGUUUUUUGUUUCACUUGCUGUGUGUUGUGUGUUCUGAUCAUUCCAGUGCUGCGUUACCAUUUAACAUGAUUAUUAGCAUUCCUAAGAAACAGGUUUUGAUGGAAGGAUAACAGCAACAGUCGGUCGUGGAGCUGAAAUCUUAUCAGCUGUGUACUCACAACGGUUUUCACACUGUGCAUAAUUCAACAUUGUGUGUGGUCUUCAUCCUGGAAACACGUUAUCGGAUUAAAACUGGAAUACUGUUUACUCUUUGAACAUUGAUAUAUUUGAAGUCCUCCCUCCCCUGCCCUUCCUCAGCAUCAGCCUCUCUCUUUUUUUAAUUUAUUGAGAACAAAAAGCCUCGUGUGGUUGUACUGUUUUAAUUUCAAUCCAGUUUGGCUUUUGGAAACCACUAUUGACAGUAUCCCCUGAAAUUGACAAAAGAAAUAGUUCAGGCUGAGUAGUAGAAAACUUACUGUCCUUGUUUGAUCACUAGUAUGUGAACAAUGCCUAAUGUCUUGUGUAACAAAUAAAAUGAAUUAAACUAUGAAUGAAAUGAUAGAAAAAUAAAAAAGCACAUGGCAAACCUG